CACUGCAUCGUUCUCUCUGCAGCUCAGCUUUUCCACCAUGAACGAUCUUGCAUUGCAGAAGAUUGCAGUAUCAGGUCCCACACUAGCCUCCAUGAUCGAGCGGAUCAAUUCCUCCCCUGGCGAUACCGACGGCCUUCUCUUCGGCGAUGUCGCCAGUAUCACACCCACCACGCUGUCCGACGACCCUUCCCAAACUCACUCCGAUUCGCUGCUUGUCGCUACUAUCUCCGGCUUCCUUUGUUUCAAUUCUCCUCUCUCCUUCUACGAUUCAGCAGGCCGAGUUGAUCCGACCCGAAUCACCACUCAUCUCAACCAAAAAACCCUCAUCGGCUGGUUCUCCUCUCGCCGCAAAACCCCUCUCCGCCCCUCCAUGCGUGAAUUUUCCGUCACUUAUUCUCUCUAUUCCAUCCCCAAUUUAUCCCUCCCCAUCCAAAACCCUAAUUUCAGUUUCAAUUUCCGGCCUUCAAUUUUUCUCCUUUUCACUACCCCUUUGCAAGACCAGUUAAUCCACACAAACCAGUAUCGCGCAUACCAGUUUCUAUCACCAAAACAGUGUUUUAAUCCUGUUUCUAUUGAUAUAGUGAACAUUGGACCUGCGUUUAGGGGGCAUUACGGAUCUUUUAGCCCAAACUCUGCUCUGCCGUUUUUGAGCUGCGAGUUGAGGAACUCAACGGCGAUGAAUGAGGAUAGAGCUGACAGCUAUUUGAGUGGCAUGAAGCAGGCAGCUAAGGAUCAGGCAGAAUUGGAUAUGUGCGCGGAGGGGAUGGAGAUUGGGAAGUUAAGCCAGUUGAUGGGGCCACAGGCGGCGAAUUAUACUGCCGGGUUGGAGCAAUUGUAUGAGAAGAUGCUAGCUAAGAUUGAGAGCCUAUCCAGGCUUGUCGAGGCCAGUUCUGCUAAGGUUCUUGAGCAGGAAAAUCAGAAUAGGAAGUUGAGGUUGAAAGUUGCCAGGCCUACUGGAGCUGAAUAACUGUUUCUUGCUAUUUUACUAGUGUCAGGGAAGGGCAGGGCAGGGCCUAAUCUAGGAGACGAGAUGCUAUUCCGAUGCCUUCUUGAGGUCAGAUUCCUCUUUGUUGACCUUGUGCAUGGGUUAGCUGAUAAACAAUGCAGCUGCUGCUGAUGCCCUCGAUCAGAAAUGUUGUUCAUCUGUUGGGGUUAUGGUGGAUUUGAAAGGUUGCAUCUGUUUGGGUUAUGUAUACUUGCUAUGUUAUUAGCCCUUGUAUAUUGUUGAAUUUCUCCUGCCUUUGCUCUUGAAUUAUUUGUUUUGUUAGAGACCCCAAAGCAUGGAUUUGUUGCAACACGGACAUGUAAUUAAUUCGAUACCUUCUCUUUUGAGAACAUGCAGCUACGAGGAAGAUGGCUGAAACUUUAAAAGGCCAUUUUAGUU